UUACAUUUGUAAAACUACAUUGGAAACAUAUAAUACAACAAAUGUCCAUUAUAUAUGGGAGUGUUUUUAAAUGCGUCCAGCAGGAGAAAAGUUUUUUUUUACUGUAAAAUCAUGUGAACAGUUUAAGAAUUUUAAAUGUUAAAUUAGGCUAACAUAAAGUUAUAAUCCGGCUGCUUCCGAAUGCUAGCAUAAUGGGUCUCUUUGCUAAAGGCUGGACUACAUUCACAAGAGCACGCACACAGCACAGACACACAAAAAUUGAAUGUAUACAAACAGAUGGCAGCAGUCACAGGUGAGCAGUAAGAGGGUGCCAGAGCAAAGCAAGAUGGAAGCAUCGGUAGCGAGCGAGGCAGAGGUGUCGGAGCUUCAGACCGACACUGACACGGCAGGCGCAGGCAUUUGCGUGGAAGGGGACAUCGUGGAAGAUGAUGAGGAGGAGGAGGAGGAGGAGGAGGAUGAUGACGAGGAGGAAGAGCCAAAAUUAAAGUUUGCGCGGGUGGCCAACGACUUGCGCAACAUCCUGACCAAGGAUGCGGCCAGCUGCAUCGCGGUGCACCCCAAGUUCGUCUGCAUCGGCAGCUUGUGGGGUGUCAUCCACAUGCUGGACCACCAGGGCAACAGCAUCCGCAGCAAAGAGCUGCACGCCCACAGCGUCGCAGUCAACCAGAUCAGCAUCGACCAGAGCGGAGACUUCAUAGCCAGCUGCUCGGACGACGGCAAGGUGUUCGUCUGCGGCCUGUACUCGACAGAGGAGAGCCAGAGCGUGGUGAUCGGCCGCCUGGUCAAGUCCGUCGCCAUCGACCCCGCCUACUCCAAGCCGGGCUCCGGGCGCCGCUUCAUCACCGGGGACGAGCGCUUGGUGCUCCACGAGAGAACCUUCCUGUCGCGCCUCAAGUCCACGGUCCUGUACGAGGCCGAGGGCAGCGUCCAGAACAUCCGGUGGCACGGCCAGUUCGUGGCGUGGGCGAGCGACAUCGGCGUGCGGGUGUACGACGUCAGUGCCCGCCACUCACUCGGCCUCAUCAAGUGGAACCGCAACCCCGGGGCGCUCCCGGAGGACUACCGCUGCAACUUGUGCUGGAAGAGCGGCAGCGUGCUCCUGGUGGCCUGGGUGGACACGGUGCGAAUCUGCAAGGUGCGCAAGCGCAGCACGCUCGAGAUGACGGGCCGGGACGACCCAGAGUACGUGGUGCAGCAGAUCUCUAUGUUCACCACGGACUUCUACCUGUGUGGCAUCGGGCCGCUGGACAGCCAGGCUGUGCUGUUGGGGUUCCCGAAGGAACCAGACGCUGAGGGCAAGGCCCAGAGACCCCAGCUGUAUGUGGUGGAGCCCCGGGACAUGGACAGUGUCGAGGUGAGCAUGGUCAGCCUGACGCUGCGCGGCUACCAGGACUACAAGUGCAACGACUAUCACCUGGAGUGCCUGGUGGAAGAGAACCGCUUCUUCAUCGUGAGCCCCAAGGACGUGGUGGAGGCGAGCCCCUACGAUGCGGACGACCGCGUGCAGUGGCUGCUGGACCACGGCAAGUACGAGGCCGCCAUGGAGGCGGUGACGCAGCUCGAGGGACGCGACCUGAAGAGGUUCACGGUGCUGGAGGUGGGGCGCAUCUACCUGGACCACCUGCUGGCGGCCGGCAGGUACGACGAGGCGGGCAAGCUGGCGCUGAAGCUGUUCGGCAAGGACAAGAAGCGGUGGGAGGAGGAAGUGUUCAAGUUCGCCCGGGUGAAGCAGCUGCGUGCCGUGAGCAAGUACCUGCCGCGCGGCGACCACGCCCUCGACCCGCACGUGUACGAGAUGGUGCUGUACGAGUACCUGAAGAUGGAGCCACAGGGCUUCCUGCAGGUGGUGAAGGAGUGGUCGCCGACGCUGUACAACGUGCCGGCCGUGGUGAACGCGGUGCUGGAGCACCUGCUGGUGAGCGAGCGCGAGCGUGCCGUGCUGCUGGAGGCGCUCGCCAUCCUCUACACGCACGAGCGCAAGUACGACAAGGCGCUGGCCAUGUACCUCAAACUGAAGCACGCGGGCGUGUUCCAGCUGAUCCGCAAGCACAACCUGUUCGGGGCCAUCCACGACACCAUCGAGGAGCUGAUGGACCUGGACGUGGACCGGGCCAUCGCCACGCUGCUGGAGAAGGAGGCCGUGCCCGCGGACGUGGUGGUGGCCCGCCUCCAGAGGAACCCGCGCUACCUGUACCUCUACCUGGACGCGCUGGACAAGCGAGACGCCAAGGAGGUGGCGCGCAAGUACCACGGCCUCAUGGUGCGGCUGUACGCCGACUUCGCCCGCGACAAGCUGCUGCCGUUCCUGCGCCGCAGCGACCGCUACCCCAUCCAGGAGGCCCUGGACGCCUGCCGGCAGCGCGGCUUCCACCCCGAGAUGAUCUACCUGCUGGGCCGCAUGGGCAACACGCAGGAGGCCCUGACGCUCAUCAUCCGCGAGCUGCAGGACGUGGAGCAGGCCAUCGAGUUCUGCAAGGAGCACGACGACCCCGAACUGUGGGGUGACCUGGUCGAGUGCUCGCUCGACCGGCCCGAGUUCAUCUCCUUCCUGCUGAGUCGCAUCGGCACGUACGUGGACCCGCGCAUGCUGGUGCGCCGCAUCCGGCCCGGCCUGGCCGUGCCGCGCCUGCGCGCCAGCCUCGUCAAGAUGAUGCACGACUACAAGCUGCAGGUGUCCGUGCAGGAGGGCUGUCGCAAGAUCCUCGCCGCGGACUACUUCGAGCUGCACCGCCGCCUCGUGGCGCUGCAGCAGCGCGCCGUGGCGGUGGACGACGACCAGGUGUGCCGCGCGUGCCACCGCCCCAUCAUCCUGCGCGACCUCAGCGGCGCGGACAACGUGGUCGUGUUCCACUGCAAGCACUGCUUCCACGAGGGCUGCGUGCCGGGCGCGCAGACGCGGGGCCUGUGUGCCAUCUGCCACUCCGCGACCGCCGUGCUCCCGGACAAGUGAUCUGCCCCUCGGCGCGACGAGGCCCAGGACGGCGAUCUCUUUGUGCGUGUUCACUUGAACUCUGUAUAUUUGAAUAUUGUUUGUUGUAGAUCGAAAAUUGAUAUCAAUGUAUAUAUAUCUGUAAACAAAAGUUAGGAUGAAGAUAGUUGAAUGUUUCAUUUGAUGUAGUAGAAAAUGUUUAAUGCAAAUUAUUCCUGUUAAAUACUUCAUUAUGCUGUGAUCAGAUAUUGUUUCUCAUCAUAUAUUCUCAUACAUACUAACACUUCCCUAGAUCUAUAAAUCAUCAGGUUAUAAUAUUUACAACAUUCAGUUUAAGUGUUCAUUUGACUGAAAUGUUUGUUAUGAGAUUCCAUCAAAUGCUCUAGAAACCAACAGCUGACAGCUCUCCGGAGUCUACAUGGGCGAGAAUGCAACAAAUAUUGCAGUGGUGAUGCAGUAAUAUUUUAUAAGAAAUUAGUUCAGUUAAGUAAUGUAUUUUACUAUCUGGUGACAAACAUUUUUCUUUUAUGUUAUUAAGAAAUUGGAAGCACUGGUGUUUCUUUUGCAAUAACUUUUUUAUUACAGGUAAUAAAAAAAAAGGUUUUGCAAAGACAAAACAGUUUUAGUUUCACUACCAUAAUGUUAGUAUCGUUAAUUUAAAAAAACAAAAACCAUACUGCGCCAUCUGUUGGACUGGUGUGACAACGUACAACGUAUACCUCGGAGCUGCCAGGUAUUAGGCUGAGUGGUAUUGGUCCCAGUAAAUGAUCGAUUGAAGUUUCCUGGUGGACGAAGGAUCUCAGAUUAUUGUGUAGUCGUCUGUUGUCAGUCUUCUGUGUUUGUUUCCAUUUGUAAAAACUCACAUAUCUUGUAAUGUUUUCCAUGAUAUUUAUAACAUGUCAUUAAUUUUGUAAUUUUAAUCUUGCAGAAAACCAUUCCAUGCUUUGUUUCUAUAGCAAACAACUUAGUACAGAAAAGAAACAGUUAAUUAUUUUUGUCUGAAUGUGCUUUAUUAGUGAAUAAUUAGUGUGUUAAAGUGUAUUAAAGUUUAAGUUGCCAGUCUUGUACACUUGUGUAGUCACCUGUAAGUAGAAUAAAAUGUUUCGAAAGACUCGUUAGGUAACUUUCGAAGUCAUUAAUAAAUUGUGUAAGAAUUCUCUUGGACAGAAUGAGUGUUAUAUUUAUGAUGCAAUGGCAUGUAUUUCUUAUGAAAGGUUCAAUAUUUAUUGAUGUAUGCAUUGUUACAUGAAGUUGGCAAAGAUAUGGUACUGUAGUUCAUGUAAGUUGGAUAAAAUGUUGGAAAAUGUGUCAUGUGUUGGAGGGAAAGUGGAGUUUUGUACUCGAUGAAGGUUGAGAAUAAAGUGCAGAGAAAAUGAAA